AAUUUCUUAAAGGAUUUGAGUUUAGGGUUCGAGGGAUUGGUUUCGGCCACCGUUCUUAACCUUUGAAUGGCCAAUUACAAUGCUUAAGGCCCAAGUCGUAGUUUAUUGGGCCAAGUGUGUUCUUAUUUUUUUAAACUAAGAAAGGUCCACAAAGUAAGCACAGACACAAAGUUUUUCUCUGUUGCAGUCUUUCGACGUCGUCGCUGGUUCCGAUGGACGAAGCAAUGAUAGCCGCUGAUGCCUCUGCAAGGUUUCGAUCGGCGUCAUCUCAGCCGUCCGUUGUCCCUUCCAACGUCCCUCUUCUCUCCUCUUUCCUUGCCUUCGCUCUCGCUCAAUUCCUCAAGCUCUUCACCACUUGGUACAAGGAGAAGAGAUGGGAUUCUAGAAGGAUGCUUGGGUCUGGUGGAAUGCCCUCAUCGCAUUCAGCAACUGUGACUGCUCUUGCAGUUGCCAUUGGUUUGCAAGAAGGAAUUGGUGGAUCAGCAUUUGCUGUUGCACUUGUUUUGGCAUGUGUUGUAAUGUAUGAUGCUACUGGAGUAAGACUCCAUGCUGGUCGUCAAGCUGAAUUACUCAAUCAAAUUGUAUGUGAGCUACCUCCUGAGCAUCCUGUCUCCAAUGUCAGACCUUUGCGAGAUUCACUUGGUCAUACACCACUUCAGGUUCUUGCCGGGUCCAUAUUGGGUUGUAUUGUAGCAUUCGUCAUGAAAACUUCCAGUUAGGACGGGAAAUGGAAGAUUUCAGUUCUGUUGCAAGUGGCUCAUGCUUAUACUUUGAGAAGAAUCAGAGCAGACGACUUGCCACUUUUCACCCAGCGAAGUUCUGGCAUUGUAAUUACUUGGGGUUUUUGCCUUGUAGCUUAAGCAAUUGUGAAUUAUAACAUGUACUUCAUAGUCUCCACUGUUCCUCGACCUUUCCCUUCUUCAAAAACAGCAACAAUCUUUAAUCUGUAUUAUGUUCUGAGAUUAGAUAGAGAAAUCUCUAAAUUAAAGGAGCUACACGAUUGGAGAUUUCAAAUUUAAAUUUGCUGAAUUUGCAGAACGUUACUUAUGAUUA